AAAUUCCGCGGGGCUCAACGGCUCUCGGAGUGGCGACUCGGAGCGAGGUUGCCGGUGUUGCCUACGCUCGGGCUGUGGUGGAGUCGGCCGGGGCCUCGACGCCCGGCUGCGUGGCGCGUCCGCCAUGAGUGGAAGUGAGGUGUUGGUGGAGGAGUCCAUAAAAUGUUUCCAGAAGGCCUUAAAUUACCUCUGGGAAAUUUGGGAAUCGAUUGGCAUUCCGGAGGAUCAGAAGCAGCAGCGAACUGAGGUUGUGAAAAAGCACGUCAAGGAGCUCCUGGAUAUGAUGAUUGCGGAGGAGGAGAGCCUGAAGGAGCGGCUCGUCAAGAGCAUUUCCAACUGUCAGAAGGAGCUGAACACCCUGUGCAGCGAGUUACGCGUGGAGCCCUUUCAGGAAGAAGGAGAAACAACCAUCCUGCAACUGGAGAAGGAUUUGCGCACUCAGGUGGAGUUGAUGCGAAAACAGAAAAAGGACAGAAAGCAAGAGCUGAAGCUGCUCCGAGAGCAAGAUCAGGAACUGUGUGAGAUCCUUUGCAUGCCUCUCCACGAGGUGGACAGCGCCUCGGUGCCCAGCCUGGAGGAGCUGACCCAGUUCCGACAGCGCGUGGCCACUUUGAGGGAGACGAAGGCGUCCAGGCGUGAGGAGUUUGUCAGCCUAAAGAGGCAGAUCAUCCUGUGUAUGGAAGAACUGGACCACACCCCGGACACCAGCUUUGAGAGGGACGUGGUGUGUGAAGAUGAAGAUGCCUUCUGUUUGUCCCUGGAGAAUAUUGCGACACUACAGAAGCUGCUGUGGCAGUUGGAAAUGCGAAAAUCACAAAACGAAGCAAUGUGUGAGGGGCUUCGGGCUCAAAUCCGAGAGCUGUGGGACAGGUUGGAAAUACCCACUGAAGAGCGAGAAGCUGUGGCCACGGUUAUGACUGGGUCGAAGGCCAAGGUCAGGAAAGCGCUGCAGCUAGAAGUGGAUCGGUUGGAGGAGCUGAAGAUGCAGAAUAUGAAGAAAAUGAUUGAGGCCACGCGCGUGGAGCUGGCGCAGUACUGGGAGCAGUGCUUCUACAGCCAGGAGCAGAGACGAGCUUUCGCCCCCUACUAUGCCGAGGACUACACGGAGAACCUGCUGCAGCUCCACGACGCUGAGAUCGUGCGGUUACGGAACUACUACGAAGUCCACAAGGAGCUCUUUGAAGGGGUCCAGAAGUGGAAGGAGAGCUGGGAGCUGUUCCUGGAGUUCGAGCGGAAAGCUUCCGAUCCGGCUCGGUUUACGAACCGCGGAGGGAAUCUGCUGAAGGAGGAGAAGCAGCGCGUCAAGCUCCAGAAGACACUCCCAAAGCUGGAGGAGGACCUGAAGGCGCGGAUCGAGAUGUGGGAGCAGGAGCACUCGAUGGCGUUUGUGGUGAACGGGCAGAAAUUCGUGGAGUAUAUGGCAGAGCAGCAGGAACUGCACCGACUGGCCAAGGAGAAAGCCAAACAGGAGCGACAGCUGAAGAACAAGCAGACGGAGCGGGUGCUCGGCGGCACUCCUCGAACCCCGGGCAAGCGGCAAGGACUGGCCCCCAGCACGCCGAGCAAGCUGCGCAAGCUGAACCCCAGCAACGCCAGCACCAUAGGCAGCAGUAGCAGUCGGCCUCUGUUUGGGGGCACCAUCUGCCGCUCCCCCGUGCCCCGACUGCCUCCUUCUGGCAGCAAGCCAGCCCUCACGUCCUCCUGCUCGGGGAAGAAGACGCCCCGUGCCAGCCGGUACGCAGCCGCCAAGGAGAACCUAGAGGUCAAUGACAGCAUCCUGAGUGGUGGGUACCCCAGCUCGGCCCCCCUCCAGUGCAACUUCAGCCUUAAUUCUGUUGCCAGCACCUAUUCUCAGUUUGCGAAGAACCCGUCCCUGUCUGACAGCUCCACUGUUGGGCUUCAGCGAGAACUUUCAAAGGCUUCCAUGUCUGAUGCCACGUCUCGAAUCCUUAACUCCACCAACAUCCAGUCGUGAGGCCUCCGGCAGUCGCCAGGCUGUGGCUUCCUGUGCCGACACAGAACCGAAUUAGACGGGGGCUUUGAUUUUCCUUCAGCAUAGGCGUGCUUGAACCCUGGACGUCCCUGGGCCCACCUCACAGACGUGGGCAGCGUGCCCAGCCAAAGUCCAGCGUAGGCUUAGUGCGGGUCCUUAGAGGCUGGGCUUGGUUUUUAUUCGAGAUACAUUAAAACGUUGUUUCUAGCAGUAAGCGCAGAUAUUGUCACGGGGACCUGAUCGCUCCACCCCAUAAUUCCACUCGCUUAAGCAUGGCCACGGCUUGUUUUAUUUCACGUUGUGCUAACUCUAUCCAACCGUGGAGGGUGGACAGGAAGUGACUUCCUCAUAGGAGCACCCUCGGCUCGGGGUGCUGGGGUCAUGCUGCGGCUGUGCCAGCUCUGCUGUUCCCACAGUGGCCCGUCUGCAGCCGCCAGCGACCCGCGGGGACAGGAGGCGGCGGCUCCCUUGUCGAGCUGCGUGUGGCUGUGGUUCAUAGUGCAAUGCCCUUUGUGGGUGUGUGUGUGUGUCCAUGUGUGACAACACAGGUCUGUGUGAACUCUGUCUCCUCAGAGGUUUUCUCUGGUCUAGUCGCCCAUCCCUGUGCCCACUGUGGCUCAGUCCUCUGUCCCCUGUGCUGCCAGCCCGGUGGGAGGCUCUGGGAUUUUGCACACGUCACUACUGGGAGUCAUUCCUGCUCUGGGCCAUCCGUGCCGAGGCUCCGCCUCCCGUGUCCAUCACUACUGUUCUUCCCAAAGCACUAUUAUUUAUUCCUGUCUGCCUGCACCGUACUGCUGUCAGCACAUUAAAUGGCUCUCAAAAGCUCACCUGUGUCGGCCAUGCUGUUUAGUCACGUGUACGUAUGUCCUGUUUUUAUUAUCCUGGAAGUGUGCACUCUAAAGCUACAUCAGGGCAGGUGUCUGGUUAAGAAGCCGGUCUUAAAGACGCCGGUGUCCCACACGGGAGUAGCCAGGGCCCGGCCCCGCCAGCACCCUGCUAACGCAGACCCCGGGAGGCGCUGGUGAUGGCUCCAGUGAUUCGGGUUCCUGCCACCCACGGGGGAGACGUGGAAUUUGUUCCUGACUUCAGCCCAGCCCAGCUAUUGUGGGCAUUUGGGGAAAAAACACAGAUUGGAAGUUCUCUUGUCAAAUAAAUCUUUUUCUUUAAAAA